GGCGGGCCUGCCGGGAGCCAGGCCGCGCCGUGCCGCGCCGGCCGGGAGGGGGCCGGAGCCGGGCCAUGGCGGCGGCGGCGGCGGCGGGCCCCGAGGGGCGGCGCGCGGCUCUGGAGGCGGUGGCAGCGCCCGAGCGGGGCGGCGGGAGCUGCGUGCUGUGCUGCGGCGACCUGGAGGCUACGGCGCUGGGCCGCUGCGAUCACCCGGUGUGCUACCGGUGCUCCACCAAGAUGCGGGUGCUGUGCGAGCAGCGCUACUGCGCCGUGUGCCGCGAGGAGCUGCGCCAGGUGGUCUUUGGGAAGAAGCUCCCUGCUUUUGCCAUGAUCCCCAUCCACCAGCUCCAGCAUGAGAAGAAAUACGACAUCUAUUUUGCAGAUGGAAAGGUGUUUGCAUUAUACAGGCAGCUGUUACAGCAUGAAUGCCCACGGUGCCCCCACCUGCCGUCCUUUGGCCUCUUCGGGGACUUGGAGCAGCACAUGCGGAAGCAACACGAGCUCUUCUGCUGCAAGUUGUGCCUCAAGCACCUCAAGAUCUUCACCUAUGAGCGCAAGUGGUAUUCACGCAAGGACCUGGCUCGGCACCGCAUGCAGGGUGACCCUGAUGAUACAUCCCAUCGGGGACAUCCACUCUGUAAGUUCUGUGAUGAGCGGUACCUGGACAAUGACGAGCUGCUCAAGCACCUGCGCCGUGACCACUACUUCUGCCACUUCUGUGACUCCGAUGGAGCCCAGGACUACUAUAGUGAUUAUGCGUAUCUGCGUGAGCACUUCCGAGAGAAGCACUUCCUGUGUGAGGAGGGCCGUUGCAGCACUGAGCAAUUCACCCAUGCCUUCCGCACUGAGAUCGACCUCAAGGCUCAUAAAACAGCUUGCCACAGCCGCAGCCGGGCAGAGGCACGCCAGAACCGUCAGAUUGACCUUCAGUUUAGCUUUGCCCCACGGCACUCACGCCGGAAUGAGGGAGUUGUCAGUGGUGAGGACUACGAGGAGGUGGACAGGUACAACCGCCAGGGUCGAGCUGGCCGGGCCAGCGGGCGAGCAGCCCAGCAGCAGCAGCAGCAGCACCGGCGCCGGGGAAGCUGGAGGUACAAGAGGGAAGAAGAAGACCGAGAAGCGGCAGCUGCUAUCCGGGCCUCUGUGGCCGCCCAACAGCAAGAGGAGAUUCACAGGGCUGAGGACCGGGAAGAGGCUAGCAGGCCCAGGAAAGAGGAAGCAGCAGCCAGGGGCCCUGAGGAGCCCCGUGGCUCCCGGCGCCUGCCCCGGGCUCAGGGUGAAGGCCCAGGCUCCAAGGAAGCCUCAACAAAUGGUCCUAUAAGCCAAGAAGCCUUCCCAGCCACAGGCCCAGGCCCAGUGGCUGCCCCCUCCAAUACCCUCCCACCGCCUAACCCCAAACUCAAGGAUGAAGAUUUCCCCAGUCUCUGUGCCUCCACUUCCUCCUGCUACACAGCGGUUACCCCAGGCUCUGUGGGCCUGGCACUGGCUUAUCCUGGUCCUCUCAGGGGCAAGAACACCUUCCAGGAAGAGGACUUCCCUGCCUUGGUUUCCUCAGUACCCAAGCCCAACAAUGCCCCGUCUAGCCUCAUUUCAGCUUGGAACAGCAGCUGCAGCAAGAAAGGGAACCCACCUACACCAGGGGCCCAGGCUGUAGUUGGUGGCACCCAGCCUCCCCGGAAGGCAGGGAAGGGGAACAGGGGUGGCCGGAAGGGUGGCCCAGCCCCGGUGGAUGAGGAGGAGGGUGGUGGCCUCACUGCGCAGGGGCUUCGGAGUGUGCCCACUCCAGUGGCUGUCCCCACUACCAGCCAGAGUUCCACCAAGGUUGGCAAGAAGAAGAAGGUGGGUUCUGAGAAGACUGGAGCCACGUCAUCCCCACUGUUGCCCCCUGAUCAUACCCCAAAGCCCUCUGGGACUGAGCAGGUCCCUGAAUUCCCUUUGAGCAAAGCUGAAGUGCCAGUAGCCAUCGUCAAUGGACAUUCAGAGGGGCCAGCUCUGGCAAGGAGUACCCCAAAGGAGCCUCCAGGGCUUCCAAGGCCCCUGGGUCCCCUCCCCUGCCCUAUACCACAGGAAGACUUCCCAGCACUUGGAGGCCCUUGUCCACCCAGGAUGCCUCCUCCCCCAGGCUUUAACACCGUGGUGCUCUUGAAGGGCACACCAUCUCCACCCCCACUCCCACCAGGCCUGGUGCCUGCCAUCAGCAAGCCACCCCCUGGUUUCUCCAGUUUCCUGCCUAGCUCCCACUCAACUUGUGUCCCGAGUCCCACCACCACCACCAUGAAAGCACCCCAGCUAACACCCACACCACGAGCCUACUUAGUUCCUGAGAACUUCCGGGAGAGGAACCUACAGCUCAUCCAGUCCAUCAAGGACUUUCUGCAGAGCGAUGAGGCCUGCUUCAGCAAGUUUAAGAGCCAUUCAGGGGAGUUCAGACAGGGGAUGAUCUCUGCGGCUCAGUACUACAAAAGCUGCCGGGACCUGCUUGGGGAGAACUUCCAGAAGAUCUUCAGUGAGCUGCUGGCGCUCCUGCCAGACACCGCCAAACAGCAGGAGCUGCUGUCCGCGCACACUGACUUCCGCAGUCGGGAGAAGCCGCCUCACUCCAAGUCCAAGAAGAGCAAGAAGAGCGUGUGGCAGACCAGCGCCCAGCAGUGGGGCCUGGACUGCUGCGUGUGCCCCGCCUGCCAGCAGGUGCUGGCCCACGGUGACAUCAGCAGCCACCAGGCACUGCACGCUGCCCGGGACGAUGACUUCCCCUCCCUCCAAGCCAUUGCCAGGAUCAUUACGUAGCUCCUGCUGGCGAGGCAAGAGCUGUCACACCCUAGCGUCUCCCGUCUCCUUCCUUCCUCUUCCCAGCUGCCAGGCAGCUAGGUUGGGCCCUGGGAAGGCUGAGGCUCGGCCUCCUGGUUGUCCAGGCCUGACAGGAGGGCAUCAGGGGAGGCUACCCUGUGCACCAUCACUCCUGAGUUCUGUUCCCUGCUUGGCAGAGAGCCAGUCUUGGUUUGUAUUCUUGUGAUUUGCCAGGGGAGGGAAGGACUAGGGUGUCGGGACCUGAGCCUGUGGUCAUAGCUAGAUGCCUCAGUGGCCAGAAGAGAGGCCUCCUGAGUCAAGCAGACAGCCCCAGAGCUGACAGCUUCGGGUCCACUGGUGCUGGAGUCAGAUGUCUAGUGUGUUGUGUAAACAAUUGGCUGUUCAGAGAGAAUGUUCCAGAUUAAAAACAGACACAAAAUUGUGCUACCUGAAGUUCACUCUUUUUAUGAGACAAGUUAAAUCUAAGAUCUCAAAUUGCCUCUGACAUUUUAUAAAAGACAGUUUAUCUUCAAAUAAAUUUAUUUUGCAGUAUUGCA